AUGUACAUUCGCUACGACAAGACGCGAGCCCCAGAACAACACCCGGCUGCUCCGAUGGCUCCUGUCGAGCAUACAAGUGCCAGAAUGUCCCUCAAGAUUGACAAUUUCGAAGACGGCGAGACUGUCCGCCAGCGCUGUGUCAUUGUGAAGGGGACUUACAGCGUCGACGGCGACAAUGCCGACACCUUCGCAACCGUCGAAACCCACGAUGGCAUCAGCACCGACACCAUCUUUCCAACCCAGUCGUGGCCCAUCGCAGGCAAGCAGAUCAAGAUCAUCGCCAUGCUCUCCCCUGGACGCAACACCCUGGCCAUCACCCGCAGCGUCGGCGCCGACAAGAUCGUCCUCGAGCUCAACCUGAACUACGUCCCUCUCCUCCAGUCGCCGCCCCUCCACCUCGCCAUCAUGGUCGCAAAGGACUCCCCUCUCGUCAUCGACUGCCCGCCCGCCAAGCACGGCCUCGUCUCCUCGGCGCACUCCUCCCUCGACGCCGCCAUCGCCAAGCUCCGCAUGACGGCCUACAUGUGGCAGGCCCUCACGGCCGAGGACAUGAGCAUGAAGGGCCUCGGCCGCCGCUCGUUCCGCCUCGAGGAGGAGUGGACUGCCGACACGACGAGCCGCGCGUUUCUCGACGGCCUGCACGAGGCCGCGCUCUUCGAGACGGGCGCCAUGCGCGCCACGGCCAGGGUCCACGUCGUCCGCUCCAGCAGGACCACUGCCGAGAUCCGCGACGCCGAGGUCGCGCAGCAGAACGAGUCGGCGCGGUCGCGGGACGGGCUCUUUGACUACUUCCGCGAGGCCCUCGCCGCCCACGGGGCGCCGUUCGACCCCUCGUCGCAUCCCGUCGUCGCCGGCAUGAUCCUCGACUCGCACUUCUCCGCCGCCAAGAAGCUCAUCCUCGGCCACGCCGCCCUGGGCUGCCGCGACCCGACCGGCGUCUCCCUUGGCAUCAUGGGCAGCCACCUGGCCUACUCGUGGCCCCGGUUCCUGGAGGAGGUCGCCGACUGCCUGCUCGACGCCCGCCCGCCGGGCCCCGCCGUCGGCGACGACAACGGCGAGUGCGGGUCCUUCUGGGAGGCCUGCGCCAUCGGCCAGGGCGCGUUCCUGCACGAGGUCGGCCACGCGUUCGGGGCGCCGCACACGACGGGCAUCAUGGCGCGCGGCUACGCGAGGCACUGGCCGCGCAGCUUCCUCGCCCGGACGGCGUACUCGCGGAGCGACAACCGGGAGGGCCUCUCCGUCGUCGACGACGACACGGAGAACGACGCGCGCUGGGAUCUGCGGGAUGCGCUGUCGUUCCGGUCGCUGGACCACUUCUGGCUGCCCGGCGACGCCAGGCUGCCGGGCGCCACUCGUUCGGCCGCGCCGGCCGUCUCCCCGGUCAACAUCGGAACCGACGACGCCGGUCUCGAGAUUUUCUGCGCCGCAGGGCUGGCUCGCGUCGAGUUCAACGGGCAGCCCGAGCCCCUCCCUUCCGUACGGGAACCCUUUGGGAGGGUCUUCUACGGCCUCGAGGCCCUCGAGAGCCGGUUCCCCCGGGGCGGCGACGACCUCGCCAUCUCCGUCCUCGGCAUGAACGGCAAGACCAAGACGGUCCGCAACGCGUGGCGCCUCUUCGUGUCCACGUCGCACGUCCGCAUCCCGGGCUCCGACGUGCUGUUGCAGAAGCGCUCCGUGACGAGCAAGAACCUCGAGGACGCCGACCUGUCAGGCGGGUCCGAAGACAACGACGCGUUCUGGACCUGGGCGACGCUUCUCACGCGGCGGAAAGACGUCGAUGAUGAUGACGGCGACAGCGGCGCCAUCGUGCAGGCGGCGAGCGUCGACGUCCGGACGGGCUGCGUCCUCGAUGGCGCGUACGUCCACUUCUACGACGACGCCCGCGUCCACUGCGGCCCGCGGGUGUCACGCUGGGGCGGCGCGCUCCGCUUCGGGGGCCACGCGUCGGAGGAGGUCGCGAUCCCGCUGGGCGUCGAGGUCGUCAAGGUCGAGGUGUCGAGGGAGGACCACAUCCUGCGGGGCAUGAGGGUUCACCUGAGCGACGGCACCUCCGGCGGUGCCUUGUCGGGAGGCGGUGACGAGCCCGAGACGUUGUCUCUCGAACCGCAAGCUGACGAGCGCAUCGUCGGCUUCUUCGGCCGCAGCUGGUGGGGCCGCCAUUUUGACGGGCUGGUCGAGUUCGGCAUCAUCACGGCCCCCAGGGACUUUGUGCUCCCGGACGUCGUGUAUGGCAUGGCGGAGCUUCAGAAUACGGAUGGCGGACGCAGGCCCGAGGAAAUCAAGGAGCAUGAGGGGUCAGACGAUGAAGAGUAUUAG